CCCUCCCGCGGCGCGGCACCAGGUCACAGGUGUGUUUUGUGAUGUGCAGGUGAAUGCGGACGGGCGCGCGCACGAACUGUCGCGUUUGUCACGAUCGGGUGUCUGUGGAAAAUGAGACAGAACAAAAAUUAGACGUGGAAAUUUGACGUGGAAAAUGUGAAAAUUUUAAGAUUUCGUUUGUUUGUUUUGUGUUUCCGGCGCGAUGUUGUUUUUUAUUUUCUGCCUCCUGCUUCCGGCUGCUUCCGCCCUCAUCGUUCCACCUGCAGCCAAUGUGACCAUCACCUGUCACAACUUCAAAGUGACGACCCGCUGGGUUUACAGCCAGCAGCAGCCGCAGACCGACUUCAGCGUCAGCCUGGACAGCUCUGCUGGGCGUCACGAGGCUCAAACCCAUAACCUCCACUACGAUCUGAGCCCCUUCGUGUGGGAAUCGGAACAUUACCUCGACUUCCACUUUGUCACUGUGACGGCAAAGCACAGAGGUCAGAGGUCAGAACCAGUGCAUUCUCAGACCUUCACGUACAACAAGUUGAAGACGGCUCACAUCAAAUGUCAGCUGGAGUUCCCUGACGUCCGUCUGACCGUGAAGGAUUCCAAAGGUUUGCUGACGUUCCUGAACCCGCUUCACUUUUACCCGGAACUGAAGCCGAAGCAGCAGCUCAGAGAAUUCUCUGGCAAAGUCGUUACCGACAACGAAGAAAUAGUUGGAAGAUGCAGCAGGGAGCAGAUGACCUGCAGACUGGACGUCUUGUUUCGUGGGAAUUCGAGCUGCGUCAUGCUGAAGGGAUGGAUUCUGACUGGGAACCAUGUGGGCAAGGUCAUGUUCAGAAACCCCGACCAAAUCUGCCCACAGGAGACAGAACUGGUCAUGAAUGUGAUCGUCCUCACUGCCAUGCUGUGCAUUGUGAGCGUCGUGGUCACUUUGGUCGCCAUAGUGAUCUGUAGGGUCAGAGCCUGGACCAUGGAGUCACCGCCGCUGCCCAAACCUUUGGACCCUGGGCCUUUGGAUCCAGGUCACAGAGUCUUAACCGUGCAGUCUGACACUUUCUCCAACGUACAGAUCAGUAGUGUCCCCGUGAUGACUCCGGACUUCUACAAGGACGCCCCACAAACCUACGAGGAUGAGUACGGUACCGCCCACAGCGCCGAGUCCUCCUGCUCUGACCUGCUGGGUUCAUCCUCUGACAGGAUGCUGUAUAAGGAUGGAGGACUUUCUGAGACCAGCAACCAGACAACAGCACUCAUGCUGGUGGGACACAGGACAAAUGUGGACUCUGAUAUCCACUCUGACAAAGCCGAGUGGUUUUAUCAGGAGGAGGAGCCUCAGUCACCGUACGACUGCUCACACGUGUUAUGAUGAAAAUGUAUUUAGUUUUUUCCUGCUGUGAGAGUUGUUCCUUUAGAUUUCGGUUGUUUUUAAAGGACAUACCUGACGAGACUGUGAGUCAGAACGUGACGUCAGGCCGUACGUAUGAGGUGGUGAAACUGGCUCUGUGGGAGGAAUGUUCUUGUAUGUGAAUCCAGUGGGCGGAUACUUGUGUUGUCUGUAGAACUGCUCCACGUCCCGUGAGCCCAAACUGGAAUUUCAGCCCAUGAAGGGGCGUGAUGGAAAAACGGCUCUUGCACACAAACUCAACUCUGCCCUUCAUGUUUCUAAAAGAAAGACUGAGAAGUAUGUUUUUAUGUCUUCAGUAACAACAUCAGAAACACAGGAUUAUUUUUUUAUUUAUGAAUGAAUUUUCUGGUUGGACCAUCCAAUGACUGCUGACAAACUGUCCCGUUUAUUAAUCUUAUUCCAACCAAAAAUGUACAUCUUUUAAGAAAACUGGAACAAUGUUUGAUCUCUGUACAAACUGAAACAGACCUCUUAUUUAAUUAAGCUUAUUGAUGUAGUACCAAACCACAAUACAAGUUGCUUCACUGUUUUGUCACCAUUGUUGCAGUUUUAAGCCCAUAAUUCCAAAGUGUUCAGUCAAAGUGAGUCCAAACUAUACCUUUUAGAAAUCUCUGUGAUCAGAUGAAUAAUGUGGAAUACUUCUCAAUAUGAUUGGAGCAUUUUAAAAGUUUGACCUCUGUGUAAUUCUUCAUUGACCUCUACCUGAUUACAGUUAACACCCUGGAUGGCCACCACACGUUCUGUGUUGGCUAUGGUACAGCGAGGCUGGACCGCAAGUCUCGUCUUGACACCUUGUUGUACUGAAAACCUGCGGCCAUGUUGGCACCUCCAUCACCACCGCUUCUGAUUGUCAGUUUCCAUAUAAAUGUUAACCAAAAGAAGGUUACUGAAACACAUCAAUACCGUCACUCCCAAACGAGCUCGUUGUCAAGCCUAGUAGCUUAGUUGAUACCAGAAUCAAUUUUAGCAGCGGUAUGCUAGCUAGCUAAAACAGCCGAGUCAUUUGGACUGAACUCACUGCUCAACCUGGAAACCAGACGAAUAGUCCAAGAGUUGAUAUUUAGCAAAAAUUACUAGAGGUGUAUAAU